AUGAGGAACACAGGGCCGCCUGUGAGGCCACCGCCUGCUCCGAGCUACAACAUGCUCUUCGCGUACUUCAAGCAGCAGGGCUACAACGAUGAAUUGGCUGCGUCGGAGGCGAGAAGGAUGAUGAUACGUCCACCGCCUCCUGCAGUGGAUCUGAAGAUGCCGCCCCCAGUGCCGGGGCCUGCGGUUACGUACAAUCGGGCUAACCUGCUGAGCGGCGUGAAGCUGACUCCCAAGAAUGCGUGGCGUAUACCUUUGUCGACAACUCCAGUGGCCACCCGUAAAUCUGCUUCGAAGAAUCUCAUCCCAAUUACCCUGAAGGUGUCGAGGGGCAAUGACGGUGCGGUUGCUGUCGUACUUAGUCACAAGCUUCAGAGUCCAAGCGCGGCAGCCACGGGUGCGACGCGUAGAGUCCCGCCACAGUUCAGCAGCGACAUCACCGUUGAUGUGGGAAAACCGACCGGCGCAUCGCAGCCUAAAAAGCCCUACGGCCCCGACGUUCCCACGAUGGACGAUAUCAACAACUGGAUCCAGCGCCUGUACGCCCAUCAUGCCAUGGUAUUGUUGUGCUUAGAGUCGCUAAUGGCGCGUCAGGGUGCGUGCUCGAAGGGGUUCCGAACCAAGAUUAGCGAGUUCGUGGAGCGCGUUGUGCAGCGCCAUAGGUACGCGUCUGCAACAGCGCGGCGGCUACGUCUCGCAGGCCACUUCCUGCGCACCGUGGCAGCGCCAAAUCGCAAGCACCGUCGCCGAACGGCGAAACCUUCGAGCUCCGUAAGAGGCAGCAGCGGUCGGAACGGUUCAAGAGCCUGCCAGGAGGGGAAGGGGUACGUUGCGGCGUGUUCCGAAUCUAUGCUGUGCCAGGUGUACAACUUUAGGCCUCAGAAGGGCCGUGCUGUAGUGGGAGUGUGCGAGACCCUGGAGAAGCCGUAUUUGCGUCUGACUGCGGAGCCCAACCCGGCAGUGGUGAGGCCGGAGCGCGUGCUGCGGAAGGCCUUCAGACACGUGUUCGAUACGUUCAUGCGCAGCUUCAACUACCGGUAUAUCGAGGAGCAGUUCCGUUCGAUUCGACAGGACGUGCAAGUGCAGCACCUCAGCGGCCCCUUCGUGGUGAAGCUGUAUGCGGCCAACGCCCGGAUCGCUUUGGUGCACGGCGACUUGGACCAGUUCAACCAGUGCCAGACGCAGUUGAGGCACCUCCACAGACGAGUGGGCGGUUUCCCGCAGUAUCAGGUGGAGUUCGACUGCUACUUCCUGCUGUACCUCUCGAUGCAGCACAUGCACAUGGACCUGAUGCUCGCAGGUGACGCAUUGGACUCCGAUUUCCGGAGCAGCGCGUAUUUCAGUUACGCCGACGCGAUCAGGACCUUCCUGUCCGAGGGCAACUUUGUGGAGUACUUCAGGGUUGCGGACACCAGCGGAAUCGACAAGGACGCCUGCAUUCGCGCGAUAUAUUCCGAGGCCUUCUCCACGGAUAACUUCACCGAGGGCCCAGCAGCAGGCCCCGUGUGCCCUCCGGGCGUGGAUGACCUGAUCACUGCACCGCCAUUUUACGCGAAGCUGCUUUUCAAGAUGUUUGAGCCUCGCUUCCGCAUGAACGCGCUAGUCGCGAUGGCGAGCACUGCGAUGUCGCUGUCCGUGGACACCAUCAAGGAGACGCUACGCUUUGGGUCGGAGGAGGAGUGCGUCGCGUUCAUCAGAGAGAACGGAGGGACGAUGAAUCAGGCAGGGCUGGUGGACUGCAAGGGGUCACUGGAGGGGUUCCUGUCCUCCCCGCUGCUGCGCAACAAGAAGCUAUAA